ACACGCACGCACAGGUAAACCGGGACAAAGUUCUCCACCCCGCCACGCCCGUCACAUGACCCCUCCAGCGGCUGCAGUCCCGGUUCAGCCCGAGCACCGGGGCAUGUCGGUGUGAGUCAGAGGAUCUUUUCACAGCGCAGCCUCUUUCAUCCAGCCGGACGUGGUGACUUGUUCAACUGUUCUGAUGACGCGACUCUUUUCAAAAAGUCUCGUCUGGCUGCCGUUCAAACCGACUCGGUGGGGUGUGUGGACCCUGAGGAGUGUCUGAGGGUCUGUGGAGCCGAGGUGGGCUGCUCCAACAUCGCAUUCCCCAAGCUGGUCAUCGAACUCAUGCCCAGCGGUCUGCGGGGGCUGAUGAUAGCGGUGAUGAUGGCGGCUCUGAUGUCAUCGUUGACUUCCAUCUUUAACUCCUCCUCCACGCUCUUCACCAUGGACAUCUGGAAGAAGUACCGCGCAUAUGCCUCGGAACGGGAGCUGCUAUUGGUCGGCAGGAUAGUAACAGUGAUUCUGGUGGUGAUAAGCGUGGUCUGGAUUCCAAUCCUGCAGUCGGCCAAUAGCGGACAGCUCUACGUCUACAUCCAAUCAGUGACCAGUUACCUGGCUCCACCCGUUACCGCUGUCUUCUCAUUGGCUAUCUUCUGGACCAGAACCAACGAGCAGGGAGCGUUCUGGGGGCUGAUGGUGGGCCUGGUAGUCGUGUGUGUCGGAUGGUUCUAG